UUCACUGAAGGUUUUAGUGCUGCUCUGCAGGCUGUGAAAGUCUCUGCUCGGGAACAUGGCACGACUGCUGGUGCGUCUUUCUCCUCUCUUUUAUAACGGAGGUCCUACAAGAUCAGUUCUGUCCAAGAGCCGGGGGCUCGUCCGACCUCUCAGUACUGCGACCGACUUGUCACUGACCCGUUACAACGAGUGUGUGGACUGGAAGAAGAAACUGACCCCAGAACAGUACGUGGUCACCAGAGAAAAAGCCACCGAAGUGCCGUUCAGUGGAAUGUACCUGAACCACAAUGACGUUGGGAUGUACCACUGUGUGUGCUGCGACGCGCCUCUCUUCAGCUCUGAAUCCAAGUACGACUCUGGAACGGGGUGGCCCUCGUUCUUCGAGGCUCAUGGAACGUGGGAGAGAGACGAGAGCCACGCCAAUAUCGUCCGCCGCUCUGAUAACUCGCUCGGAAACACCGGGACUGAAGUUCUGUGCAAACAGUGCGACGCUCAUCUCGGCCACGUGUUCGACGACGGGCCGGAUCCUACAGGACAGAGAUUCUGUGUGAACAGCACGGCUCUGCACUUUAAACCCAGAGAAAACUAACAGCACCUCACAAAGACGUUUCUCCUCUCUGAGCUCUGAUAGUGUCCAUACGCCGUGUAACCUGCUUCUGUUUGUGCUAAAACAUCGCUGAACGUAUCGCCGGGAAACGGAGCUCAGUUUUAUGCUAAUAUCCAAAAAUAGUGUUUGAACGUUUGUGUUUUAACUUCUUUCUGCUUGUCUGUAUGUUUACUGUUUUAAUGCCUGUUAGCAUUCAAAUACAUUUCAAUCUUCAAACGAA